UAAAGGAGAGGUAGUGGUUUCCCGAGCACUUCCGGUGGAGGGAGUGACCUUUGCCCCCUCCGCCUCUCUUCCUUCCUUUCCUGUAGCGGCUCCUCGAGAAGACGUAGCAAAAUGGCUCCACGUAAGGGUAAGGAAAAGAAGGAAGAACAGGUCAUCAGCCUGGGACCACAAGUGGCUGAAGGAGAAAAUGUAUUUGGAGUCUGCCACAUCUUCGCUUCCUUCAACGACACCUUCGUGCAUGUGACUGAUCUGUCUGGCAAAGAAACAAUCUGCCGUGUGACUGGUGGAAUGAAGGUCAAGGCUGACAGAGAUGAGUCCUCUCCCUAUGCCGCUAUGUUGGCUGCUCAAGAUGUUGCUCAGAGGUGCAAGGAGCUUGGCAUCACAGCUCUUCACAUCAAGCUGCGUGCCACUGGAGGAAACAGGACCAAGACCCCUGGCCCCGGUGCCCAGUCUGCACUAAGAGCCCUGGCUCGUUCAGGCAUGAAAAUUGGCCGCAUUGAGGACGUAACCCCCAUCCCCUCAGACAGCACCCGCAGAAAGGGCGGUCGCCGUGGUCGUCGUCUGUAGUUCUCCUGCUUUGUCUUUCAGUUGUUAAUAAAAUAAUCAGACCAAA